AUGUUUAAAAAGACGAGUGAGAAGUUGCUUGAAGUGAUCAACGAGGGGGAUGUUGAGAAGGUGAAAGUGUUUUUGGCGAAGAAGCGGAUGACCAAAAAGAUGUUUGAGAAUUACAAACGGAAAUCGGACAACCCUUUAUAUGUUCCCAUAGAGACUCACAACCCGACAGUAUUUUUAGAAUUAUUAAAGACCGCUGUCCGUCUUAAUGUAGAUGUGAAUAAGAAGGAUGAAGUUGGGAUGUCCAUAUUACAUUACAUUUGUUAUGAAUUUAUGAUGGAUGCGUCACCUCUCUUAGCUUUAUUAGAAGUCCCCAACAUUGAUGUGAAUACGACUACGACCGACAAUCAAACACCGCUUCAUAUCUUUUGUAAUCGUUUUCAAAAUGUGCAGUCGUACAAGACUGUCUUACAACGAUUUGUUGACUUAGGGACUAAAAUCGAUGCGAAGAAUAAAGGGAUGGAAACUCCUUUAAUGAAGACGGUGCGAAAUGAGAAGUUACGUGGUUUGAUUGUCCAAUUUCUGAUAGAUCAUGGCGCUGAUGUGAAUGCGCGAAAUAACAAACAAAACACGGCUCUUCAUUUAGUCGCACAUAUGAGUCGAGUUGAUUUAGUGAAUACACUAGUUAAAGGAGGUGCGGACAUCUAUGCGGUCAAUGCGGAAGGGGAGACGCCGUUACAAUUAGCUCAGCGGAAGAAGAAUUUUGUAGUUCUGAAUAAGUUCUAUGAAGUCCACAAUUUGCUGCAAUGGCUCUCCUCCAUUUCAGUCGAAUUUGCACAGAAAUAUGCACUGAAGUUCUUACAACAGGAGGUCCACCCGGCGUUAUUGAAGAGUCUCAACGACAAGGAAAUGGCGGAAGUCUUCGAGGCGAUCGCGGAGACAAAGGACGACAUUCAGAUCUUAACGAAGUCGAUCAAAGAGUUUAAUGUGAUUGAGCAGAGUGAGAGUGAGAUGCGUGCGGUAGCUUUAAUGGCUUCAACGGGUGAUCGCAAGAGUUUAUUAAAUUGUAAGCGUCUUUCAUUAUUACCGACAAGUGUAGGGUCGUGGACGAUAGAUCCUGCUAGUAUAGAGUUUACUGGGGAGACGAAGCCAUCUCGUUCGAAUAAAGUAGGAACAGGAUCGACGUGUAGUGUAUAUCGAGGGAUAUAUAAGAAAGAUGGAGGAAUAGGUGGAUGUGCUGAAUAUGAUGUUGCGGUGAAGAUAAUGGAUGAAGGCGUCGAUUUAUCAGAGAGUUCUGAAUUUUCGCAUGAAUUUGAGAUUCAGAAGAGUGUCUCACAUAAGAACAUUGUGAAGUUCUUUGGAAUUGUGUUGGAACAAAACGUCUCGUUAGUGAUGGAGUUCUGCGCUCAUUUUUCUUUAUUUGAUGUGAUGAAUGACCCAAAUCAGCAAAUUGACUUUUCUACAGCACUCAAUUUCUGUGAACAGAUGUGUACCGGCUUGGACAUUUUACAUGAAAAUAUGCCGAGUAUUUUACAUCGCGAUUUUAAGUCGUUGAAUGUUUUGGUGACUGCAAAAUACGUCUUGAAAAUCAGUGAUUUUGGGAUGAGUCGUUUUGAUACUCCAGAGAAUCAAGAAACUGAUUUAAAAGAGAUCAGUGGGACUAUUCCAUAUUGUUGUCCCGAAAUUGUGCCUUCAGAACAUUCCCAAGGGGGGGUCUAUACCACUAAAAGUGAUAUCUAUUCCCUUGGCAUCGUCUUCUGGGAGAUCUUUCGAAGAGUAGUCUUUGGGGCAUAUACUAAGCCAUGGUUCACUGAAUAUAACAUCCCAGCCGCUAAUGACUUUGCCAUCUUCAAUUUGCUGAGUACAGGCAAACGGCCCACUUUAAGUGAAAAGUGUUGUACGGAAGCGUGUAGGAAUUAUGUUCCUCCAUCGAUCUAUAAAAUGUAUACGGACUGCGUCGCACAAGAUCCAAGUGCUCGACCUACUGCUAAGGAGUUAAUACUUACUAUUAAGAACAUUAGUAAGGAAUAUGAGAGCAAUAAAACUGCUUGGGACAAGUACUACGUCCCCGUCGGGUAUAAAAAGGUGUAA